ACGUGAAGACAAUACUAAAUAAUUUUAUUACUUCUGCUUUCCCUAGGAAGUCUCAAUGUGGUGAUAGCCUGUCUUCAACACCUCUGUAAUCAUGCUCAAUCUCUCUUUCCUGCAUCAACAGUAUCCGGCACGAAUUCGUAAGACUAUACUGUUUCUAUUGUAUUUGUUCCCCGUGCCUUGUGGAAAUACGUGGUGUUGAUUUUCUAUUUGUAGUGAUAUCAAGUGAUAUCAAAUCUCUGUAAAAUUUGUUUGCUGAAAGUCGACUGAAGAGAAAGAUUAAGGAAUAGUCAUGGGAUUUUCCAGGCAAGAGUACUGGAGUGGGUUGCCAUUGCCUUCUCCGAAGUAAUAGUAACAACCAUUUAAAUUUUGGGCAAAAGUGGCUGAAGCACAAACCCUCCUCCACUCAUACCAGUCUCUGAAUCCGGAUCUGCACUUUUCCCUAGCGUCCGAGGGGCCGGGAGGCGUGGCCCGCCCGCUGGCCCCGCCCCCAACCCGACACACGUUCCAUAAGCCACGCCCCGAGCGCCCCUCACCGCUCUCGCUCCGCCCCUCGGCCUCCUCCCCGGCCGCUGAGGCGCGGCGCUCCGCGGCGGCAAGAUGGCGGCGCAGGCGCAGGCCCCGGCCCGUGAGGGUGGUGCGCAGCUGGCAGGACCCGCGGCGGAGGCCGACCCCCUGGGCCGCUUCACGUGUCCCGUGUGCCUGGAGGUGUACGAGAAGCCGGUGCAGGUGCCCUGCGGACACGUCUUUUGCUCUGCAUGCCUGCAGGAAUGCCUGAAGCCGAAGAAGCCUGUCUGUGGCGUGUGUCGCAGCGCUCUGGCGCCUGGCGUCCGAGCCGUGGAGCUCGAGCGGCAGAUUGAGAGCACAGAGACUUCCUGCCACGGCUGCCGUAAAAAUUUCUUCCUGUCCAAGAUCCGGGCACAUGUGGCUACCUGUUCCAAAUACCAGAAUUACAUCAUGGAAGGUGUGAAGGCCACCACCAAGGACGCGUCUCAUCAGCCAAGAAGCGUCCCAAACCGGUAUACUUUCCCUUGUCCUUACUGUCCGGAGAAGAAUUUUGAUCAAGAAGGACUUGUGGAACACUGCAAGUUAUCCCAUAGCACGGACACCAAAUCUGUGGUGUGUCCCAUAUGCGCCUCGAUGCCCUGGGGAGACCCCAACUACCGCAGCGCCAACUUCAUCGAGCACCUCCAGCGCCGGCACCAGUUCUCCUACGACACCUUCGUGGAUUACGACGUGGAUGAGGAAGACAUGAUAAACCAGGUGCUGCAGCGCUCCAUCAUUGACCAGUGAGCAGGCGCGCCCGGGGCUGCCCCCCAGCCUUGGCUCCGUGUGGAGAACGUGACUCGCCCCCGAGUGUGCAGCAGGCCUGGGAGUGGGCCUGGUGUUAGGGCAGGGUCACUCCGAACAGGGAACGGGCCCGCCUUCCCCCGAGGCUCUGCUCACCUGUGUGUCUCCUGUCUGCUCUCGUCCUGCUCCUCAGCCGCUUUGCGGAGCCUCUGUCCCGUCUCCGGAAGGGCGCCCCGCUGCCCCACCUGUCCGUGCGUCACGCUCGCACCUCCUGUCCUCCUGUCCUGUGUCGAUCUCUCGGGUCCUCCAAGCCAGCCAGGACCUUUUCUGGGUCAUGAAUAGCACAAGUGAGACAAGCGUCUCCUCUCCUUGUCCCCGGGGUGUGUGAGCUCUGGCAAUAGGGCGUCUCGUGGGUGAUGGAGCUGCUCCCGUGCUGUGCGAGUUCCUGUUUGUUGGUCGUUGGCAGCAGCUGCCGGAAGCUGGAGUUACCUCAUGGGAAGCAUUUCACAGGUCCUGUUGGAGUGAGUGUUCUGAGCUGAACAUGGUCUGAUGCUGGAAGUUUUGAUGAGUGCUGUUUCCCUCCCAUUCCUGCACACCCUUAGGAUUAACUGGUUCAACCUUAAAUGCCUGCAUGGUGCCUUCUUAGGGUAAGGUGUAACCACAUAUUUUUAGUGAAAAGAAGUGUUUCUGACUUAGGAAACUUAAACUCCAUUUAUUCCUAACUAAGGAGAAGGGUCAGCUUAAGUGAGGUGGGAGGGCCACAGCUUUGGGUUCUGAUUUUUUUCAAACUAACGAGUUACUUUCCAGUGACUUAGUCAUGUUUGCCUCUCUGGGAAGCUGCUUACAUUCUUGUCCUCGAAGCACAAAGAGGGGCCCUCAGAUGAGUAAGAAGUCCUGGGCCCAGGGGGCACUAGUUCUGUCAUCUUUUAUUUGGCAACUUAGAUUAACCUGAGGGUUGCUUUCCUGUUACAGACUUCUUCCUUAUAAAACUGGUUUCAACACGUUGAUCAGUGUACAAAGACCUGCCUUCUGAGGCGGAGGGGUUAGGGGAAGUCCAGCCUCCCCACCUGCUGUCUUUCUGACAAGACCCGCAGGUCAGGAGGCACAGCACACCUCCUGGGAGCAGUUGGUCAUGGAAACUGUCCACCAGAAACUUGCUUUGCUAACAGCUCAAGAAGCUUGAAGUUCACCUUGUUUCACCAAUGUUAAUAAAUAAGGCCAUGGGCUGUCUCAUCUGGAGGAGCAGAGCCUCUGGUAGACCAGAAGGCCCCCUAUCUAGGUUCAUUUUUUUCCUGCUAGACCUCCUGUCUGAAUAGGGAUAUUUUUGUUGGUCAGUGGCUGAAGUUUCAGGUGACCCUGGACUCUGGGCCGGACACCACUGCUGGGGCCUCGCCCUCCCUGCCGCUAAGAUCGCACGUGCUCAGGAACCGGUAGGGACCGGGUCCUGUGGGGCAAAGUAACUUUCUCUAACAUGCUGUCGCUUGGGAGGGCCCGGGUGUCAUUACAGCUUCUUCACUGUAAUUUCUGGAAAAAGUUCGCUAUGACCCGCCUGAAUUGAGAUCAUCUCAGCCUAAGUUUAGAGGGAAAUUUAACAAAGCCUCACCUUAUGGUCUCACAGUGGUACCAAGAGACGAGUUUCAUUGUAUUAAGUGCACUUGAUGUAUUUCUAAUAAGAUGACUAUCCAGAAAGUGACGUUUGUUAUGUUCUGGCUUUUAAAGUGAAAUAUAAAUAAAAUUCAUGAUUUAUCCAA